AUGUUAUUACCAUUCUUAUUUUUGCUAUCAUCAUCAUCAUCAUCAUCAUCAUCAUCAUCAUCAUCAUCAUCAUCAUCAUCAUCAUCAUCAUCAUCAUCAUCAUCAUCAUCAUCAUCAUCAUCAUCAUCAUCAUCAUCAUCAUCAUCAUCAUCAUCAUCAUCAUCAUCAUCAUCAUCAUCAUCAUCAUCAUCAUCAUCAUCAUCAUCAUCAUCAUCAUCAUCAAACAAGUGA